AUGGCUGAAGAAGAUCAUACUUUCGAAACAGCUGAUGCUGGUGCUGCCUUAACCUUCCCAAUGCAAUGUUCAGCAUUAAGAAAAAAUGGUCAUGUUGUUAUUAAAGGUAGACCAUGUAAAAUUGUUGAUAUGUCAACUUCUAAAACUGGUAAGCAUGGUCAUGCUAAAGUUCAUUUAGUUGCUAUUGAUAUUUUCACUGGUAAAAAAUUAGAAGAUUUAUCACCAUCAACUCAUAAUAUGGAAGUUCCAAAUGUUAGAAGACAAGAAUAUCAAUUAUUAGAUAUUGAUGAUGGAUUUUUAUCAUUAAUGACUCCAGAUGGUGAUACUAAAGAUGAUGUUAAAGUUCCAGAAGGUGAAUUAGGUGAUAAAAUUCAAACUGAAUUUGAUGAAGGUAAAGAUUUAAUUAUUUCAAUUAUUAGUGCUAUGGGUGAAGAAGCUGCUAUUUCAUACAAAGAUGCUCCAAAAGCUUAA